AUGACAUUGGAUAAUCAAUAUCCACCUCCAGCACAUAACGACGCCCCUUUUAACAAUCAUCCAUCGCAAUCUUCUAUGCAUCCUCAACAACAGUGGUCAAACAUUCCUCUAUCUCAACAUCCACCACCUUCUUCUUCAUCAAUACCGGAAGGAGUCAACAAUGAUAUGGAUCCCAACUUUGUGCCACCAUCAUUAAGCAGUAUCCCUGCUGCUGGUGAAGUAAUCAAUAGUACUAUGGGUACUAGCAGCUGCGGCCAUCAACAGCAAGGUGACACGAUAAAACCAGAACAACAACACCAACCAUUGGAUCCCAAUAAGGAAUAUCAUGCUGAAUGGGGCGUGAUGCGAGAUCAAGAGUUUCAUCAACUUGCCUUGAAGCAUCAGAGGGAUCUAGAAAGCCAUCAUUCUAGUGGUUCGUCCAUUUCAGACUUUUACUUUUGGCAAGCUAACCUGGGUGGUUAUUGUAUGGCGGACAUGCAUCAAAGCAUCGUAGUCUCCUCAGAAGGAGUAUUUGUUCUCGUCCGACGUAUGGUGGAAGGUGCGCCCCAUCCAGGGAGGAAAAAGAAAAAACAUGGCAUGGGCUAA